AUGGGUUACAAACCAGUACAGUAUACCUACCGUAAGCUCAUCAAGCACAGUCCAACCCUCAAAGACGAGCCUUUCCUUGUCAUGUUAAAUGGCGUAUGUUAUACCUUCAUACUUCGCACAAUCAAGAGGUUCAAGGAUGAAAAUGGUACUAUUCUUAACGAACACGGUCAAAGACAUCGAGCUAUGAGUGUCGCUAAUUCAAACUCUGGAAGAAAGAUGCAAGCUGUAGGCCGGCAUAAGUAUAUUUAUGUGAUUGGAACAGUAUUAAUAGUGGAUUUGUUAUUUCUCUGCCCGUACUCAGGAAUUCAGCCGGUCGCUUUUCUACACAUCAAUCAUUUGAUAGAGAUUACGCAUAGCAGCACAUUGAUACGUUGGUGGCUACAGAUUUUAAUUGACGUGCAUUCUGUCUGUCAAACGUUGUGUUACUUCCGAAUGACGGAGUUUCGACGACUGGCUUGCUGUGUAACUCGUCCUUGGAAUUCGAGGAGCUGCUCAGUGCUCAAUAAAAGCUUUGUGAAUACCCGAUCUGUCAUAAGAGAUGAGGAGUUGCUAGAUGCAAUGGAUUCACCGCAAAUAAGGGAGCCUUUGCUAAACAUGACACAUGACCUUAUUGUGAACUCUGUAUCUGCACAAGCACGGUCUCGACAAAAACUCACUCGGUUGCGAACAAGCGGCGAUAGUGCACAGAUCAUCAAGGAAGAUCAAGUGGACUUCGUCGAUGCGGAUAUUGAAAUGGGUGCUGUAAAAAAGAAGUCGGCCGCCUUCUAA